AUGGCUCACUUUCAACUGAAAGAUUGCUUUACUCGCCGGAUUCGUGAUAAUGCUAUCCAGUUGCUUUCACAACACCUGCUACACAGUAAACUGGAACAAUUAUCCGCUUGGUUUAUCCGAUCUGGUCAAACGAAAAAUGAAGUGGGUCCAGACCGCAUUCAAACGUUCAUGCUCCGCUUAUCUGACAUCCUGAUCCGUUCGUCCUGCGCUCCGCAGGUGCAUCUCCGAUCUUGUUUAAAGAAACGGGCCAAAUUGAAUCUCUGUUGCGCUCUUUCUCCCGAAUCACUUGUGCGACCUCGUCCGCGUCCCGAUCGUUCGCUGAGCCCCGAUUCCGCCGCGGAAUAUUGGGCUGAAGCUCGUCGGUUAGCUUGUUAUCCAAAUGCUCGACUGCCCGAUUCCACCAGUCUACCUGCAAUUGAACGGUACGAUUUUCCCGCUCCACCGUCACCUGCUGUGGUCAUGAUUGAUAAACCUCGAUGCACUAAUAUGUAUGAUAAAAUUGACUUCAUGGCAGCUAUCCUGGACCUCUCGGAAUUUUUCUCAGGGCUUCGGGUGUUCAUUAUCAUGACCGCACGUUAG